GUUCUUUUUAAAACUUUUAUCAGGUAGAACACAACAUUAAAACAGGAUUUUAUGGAAUCGGCUUAAAUAUUAUGCACAUUUGUUAAGAGAAAAUUUGCAGUAACUAGAGCAAAUUGAUUGUGGAAAUUGGAAGUUCGAUCGGAGUUGAGCAACGAAACUCGGGGGAUUGUGCCAUGGACCAGCUGUCGAUCAACCAGAAGGUGUUUAUCCGACGUUCGGAUGGCAGGGUUCACUUGGCGGGGAUCAUCAAGCUGGAGGGCGGAAGUAGUAAUCUGGUGACGGUGGAGUGGCUCGAAGGACAUACAGUGCGGGGUAAGGAGCUGCCGUUGGAGCUGGUGGUCCUGAUGAACCCACAGAUCUUUGAAGCGCCCCGCUGCAGCGGCGCACUGGCCAAUCAGACGGCUUCUAUACCGCCACGUUCCAGGAAGCAGCGCUUGAUGGCCGGCAGUUUCCUGCCCCGAGUGCCGCCCACCAUAGUGCCACCAAAUCGACAGGAUGGCGUGGUGAUCCAGGUGGAGAGGUUGCGAAGACAGCGGGAACAAAGAAGGGAACUCCAAAGCCGGGCUCGUCAAGUGCGGGAGAAGGUUAAGAGCCAAGAUCCGGGUAAUCCCGACUGGGAAAUAGCCAGGAUGAUACGCCUGCAACGUCUCCAGAUGGACAGUCAGCCAGUCAAGAGCCGUUCUUCCGAAGGACCCCCCAAGGAGCACCAGAUUGUGGUUUGUGUGAGGAAGAGACCACUGAGACGCAAGGAGCUCGAGGCUCGGGAACUGGACGUGGUCAGCAUACCCUCCAAGGAUAUGCUGGUGGUACAUGAGCCGCGAAAGCACGUGAACCUGGUCAAGUUCCUGGACAACCAUAGCUUCCGUUUCGAUUACGUCUUCGACGAAGACUGCUCGAAUGCCACUGUCUAUGAAUUCACAGCACGACCUUUGAUCCGGCAUGUUUUUGAGGGCGGAAUGGCCACCUGUUUCGCCUAUGGACAAACGGGAAGUGGCAAGACCCACACCAUGGGUGGCCAGUUCGUCGGACGACAGCAGAGUUCCUUGGGCGGCAUCUAUGCGAUGGCCACCAAAGAUGUGUUUGACAACCUAGCAUCGCCAGCUUAUGCAAGCCUAAAGUUGAGCGUCUCCUGCAGUUUCUUCGAGAUCUACGGGUCGCGGGUGUACGAUCUGCUGAGGCCGGGUAAGCCACAGUUGCGGGUCCUGGAAGAUGGCAACCAGCAGGUGCAAGUGGUGGGUCUGACCGAAAACCCUGUGAAGAAGACCGCCGAUGUUCUGGCGCUUCUUGAACUGGGUAACAGCGUUCGAACCUCGGGUCAGACGUCGGCCAAUUCUAAGUCCUCCCGAUCUCAUGCGGUUUUCCAAAUUGCGCUCAGAUCUUCGACGAACGAGCGUUUGCACGGAAAAUUCUCGCUUAUAGAUCUGGCGGGAAACGAACGCGGAGCGGAUAAUAGUUCGGCGGACCGGCUAACCCGACUGGAGGGAUCGGAAAUAAACAAGUCCUUGCUGGUUUUGAAGGAAUGUAUCCGCGCUCUGGGUCGCCAGUCGGCUCACUUGCCCUUCAGGGGCUCCAAACUCACCCAAGUACUUCGUGACUCCUUUAUUGGAGGCAAGAAGGUCAAAACCUGCAUGAUAGCCAUGAUUUCACCGGGCUUGCAUUCGGUGGAGCACACUUUGAACACCCUACGGUAUGCGGAUCGAGUGAAGGAAUUAACUGUAGACUGUGUUACUCCGAAACGACUUAUCAAUCCUUUGGCUUCCGUGCCAAAUAUUUUCUUUAAAUCGCAGAAUCAGAGUGACUAUCCAUAUGCUUCAUCCAACUCGCUACCAAGUGAAGCGAUUCAAUCGCAGGAUGGCAGUAACACGACCAACGAUUUAAAUAGAAGCCAAGAAGAACAAACACAUAAUUCAGGGCGACAUUUGACACAAAAGAAGAACGCCCAGGAAGCUUCACAAAUGUUGGCCAAAUCCCUGGCACGAUUUCGAGGGCGCAACAUUCCCUAAAACUCGGCGGACAAGUCCCCAAUCAGAGUCCAGAAACGAUUUCUACAACUAUUUGAUUAAAUUCAAUAGGAUAAUUUAACAAAAUUAAGUGUUGAUACAAAUAAAUGAUGCAGAACUAGAAAA